GGCCGCCAUACCGGGUUCGGUGAGAAAAAAAUAGUACUUCUGCUGCCAUUUGAGGGAAAGGUUGGGUCAGUGCUCACAGUCCUCCGAAUUAAAUAGAGAAUAGUCUGCUCAGAUAAACAAACAUGAUGCUGCUUCGUAAGGUGAGCCAAUCUGCCCUCAAUGGCACUGUUUUGAGGAUUCCUUCGGCGCUCUCGGGAGGUCAACGCCAGACUGCCGUCGCUGUUCUCAACAACCGUCUCUACGCGACCCAAUCUGUCCAGGCCGUGUUGGAGAAGCCUGCAGCAGUUGCUGCCAAUACUGCUACUUCAGCAGAGAAGACAGCACCCGCAGAAUCCCAAUCAUUUGCUGUAAACAUGUUCAAGGGACAGAUUGCGACAGCUCAGGUCUUUCCCUACCCAUCAGUUCUGAAUGAGGAGCAGGAGCAGUUUCUUCGGGAGCUUGUCCCCCCAGUCUGCAAGUUCUUUCAGGAAGUAAAUGAUCCAGCUAAGAACGACGCUUUGGAGAAGGUAGAAGAUCACACCAUGGAGGGCUUGAAAGAAAUGGGUGCCUUUGGCCUGCAGGUGCCAUCCGAACUUUGUGGCCUCGGCCUGUCCAACACUCAGUAUGCUCGCCUAGUGGAGAUCGUUGGAAGCCAUGACUUGGGUGUUGGAAUCACACUUGGUGCCCACCAGUCCAUUGGUUUCAAGGGCAUUCUGCUUUUUGGGAACCCAGCUCAGAAGGAGAAGUACCUGCCAAAACUAGCCACAGGGGAAACCAUUGCUGCUUUUUGCCUUACGGAGCCAGCCAGUGGCUCAGAUGCUGCCUCUAUCAAAACUACUGCAGUUCCGUCACCAUGCGGGAAGUUCUUCACUCUCAAUGGAAGCAAGAUCUGGAUUAGUAACGGUGGUCUGGCUGAGAUAUUCACGGUUUUUGCAAAGACACCCAUGAAGGACCCGAGGACUGGAGAGAUGAAGGACAAGAUCACGGCGUUUGUUGUGGAGAGAAGCUUUGGAGGAGUGACAAGUGGCCCUCCAGAGAAGAAGAUGGGGAUCAAGGCAUCCAACACUGCUGAGGUCUACUUUGAUAACGUCCGUGUGCCAGCCGAUUGUGUGCUGGGUGAAGUGGGAGAGGGAUUCAAGGUGGCCAUGAACAUCUUGAAUAAUGGACGGUUCGGCAUGGCAGCAGCUCUCUCUGGCACCAUGAAGGGGGCCAUCUCUAAGGCUGUGGAUCAUGCAGCCAACAGAACUCAGUUUGGCAACAAGAUCCACAACUAUGGUGUCAUCCAGGAGAAGCUGUCUCGUAUGGCUAUGCUGCAUUAUGUGACUGAGUCAAUGGCCUAUAUGAUCAGCGGCAACAUGGACAGUGGAGCAACUGAGUUCCAGAUUGAAGCCGCCAUCAGCAAGAUAUUUGCCUCUGAAGCGGCAUGGCUGGUGACUGACGAGUGCAUCCAGGUGAUGGGUGGCAUGGGAUUCAUGAAGGACGCUGGAGUGGAACGAGUGAUGAGAGAUCUGAGAAUCUUCCGUAUUUUUGAGGGCACAAACGACAUCCUCAGGCUUUUUGUAGCACUCAACGGCUUCCAGAAUGCUGGUAACCAACUGAAAGGUUUGCAGAAGGCUCUGAAGAACCCACUGGGCAACGCAGGGUUGCUGGCAGGAGAGCUCAGCAAGAGAGCCAAGAGAAAGGCAGGCAUGAGCACUGGUCUGACCCUGCAAGGCAGUGUGCACCCUGACUUGGCACAGAGCGGUGAUCUCGCAGUAAAAGCCAUUGAACAGUUUGGAGGAGUCGUGGAAGAGCUUCUGAUCAAACACGGCAAGAAGAUCAUUGAUGAGCAGUUUGUCUUGAAGAGAGUUGCCGACUGUGCCAUUGACCUGUACGCCAUGGUUGUUGUUCUGUCCAGGGCUUCACGCUCCUUGAGUCGCGGUCACCCCUCAGCUCAGCAUGAAAAGAUGCUGUGUGAGACCUGGUGUGUGGAGGCACACCAGAGGGUCAUGCAGGAGGUCAAAGUUCUGCGCUCGGGUCAGUCCAAGCACCUCUUCAACAACUUCAGAGCCAUUUCCACAGCAGUGGUGGAGAAUGGAGGCAUCGUCUCCCCUCAUCCUCUUGGUUUCUAAAGCUUCUCCAUCGACUUUUCACUGUUGGAUGUCAGUUAUGUAGCAUUUUCCCAACAAAUGUGUUUGUCAUUUUUUUUAAUUUAGACUAUUGCCAUUGUAGCCUCUUGACACAUCAGUGCUCUUCUAAUUUCCUUUCAGGCCAUGACCUCUUUUUCUAUUCUGACAGUGGCAGUGUCAUCACGAAGUAAAGUCCACAGUAGGUGCAUUCACACUGAAGUAGGAAGGUACUGAGGAGGUACUGGAGAGUUGAGCUUGGUGAAACGCGUUCAGAUAAAGCUUUUCUUUCAGCUGAAGCACAAAAGCAAAAAAUCAUAUUGGACAUAUCAAUCUGGUGAAAAUACGGUCUUCUGGCUAGAAAAAACCAAGACACUUCCUGACAUUUGAGUGCUGUCGCCAAAACAGGAAACAAACUUGAUACCUGAUGCCUCUCUACCCUGGUUUCACUCUGUUGUCAUGUGGGUAAAUAACAAAAAAAAUCAGAGAGCAGGUGCCAGUUUUCAGUGUCUCCUGGGUCCUGUGGACAGGUCUGCACACGUGUAGAGAAACUGAACUGUUAGAGAUUAUUGAAUGUUUCUGUAUGUGCUACAAUAAAAGUGAACUGGAAUGCCA